GUGCCCAAUCCGGUGCCCGUGCGGCUUAGUCUUGAACAUUUGAAGCCUUGUCGGCCUCUAGUCGGAAGGCGCUCCGCCACCACUAUCUGCCAUUGGCUGCCUCCCACCGAAGCAUAUUGAGAUUCCGCGGUCCAUGGGGGGAGAUCUCCACACCCCAGAUCUAUUGACCCUCCAACACCUCCGGCAUCUCUCACUGUCAGCCUCCCUCCCUUUUUCUUCCAAUCCUGUUCUUUUCGCAUACAUAUCAUGUAACUGCUUAAACCUCACACCAUCAAGCUGAGUUGAUAUAGGCGCUCAUAAACUCGUGCGACAAUGGGUCUCGGCAUCCUCGCUGACCAUGCACUCGAACGCGUCCCUGGGACCGCGCAGGUAUUUGAAGGCGAGCAGCGGAGAGAAGUAGAAAGAAAUGCAGGAAGUAGGACAGGAAGGUCAGAUCUGAAGUACGAUAAAACUGGGAAAAUACUGCUUGUUCCGCAGCCGAGUGAUGAUCCGAAUGAUCCGCUUAACUGGUCUCUUCGUCGCCGCGACACCAUUCUCCUUCUUCUGUCCCUCUUGUCAGUCAUCGCAAGCACCCUCUCCCCCAUCCUCGCCGCCAACACUAUCUCCCUCGCCAUCUACUUCGGUCGCGACUUGACCGACAUGGCCCUUUUAACCGGCUAUCACCUCUUGGGUGUCGGGGUCGCGGGCUUUCUUUUCGUGCCGUCAGCGCGUAUCUGGGGAAAACGACAUGUGUACCUUCUAGGCAACGUGCUGGUGGUGGUGAGUUGUGUGUGGGGUGGCGCGAUAGGAAAUCAUUAUGGUGGAUUUCUGUGGGCGAGGGUGUUUCAAGGCGUGGGGUUAGCGCCCUUUGAGGCGCUUGUUAAUGCUAGCGUUGGCGAUAUGUAUCACGUCCACGAGCGCGGAGUACGCAUGGCGCUGUCAAACUUCUGCGUCUUCGGAGGCGCAUUCCUUACGCCAGUCUUGGUAGGAGUGAUUGCAGAUCGAAUCGGGUACCAGUGGACCUUCUAUUUUGUCGCCAUAUUCGCAGGAGUCAUGCUACCCUUGAUGAUACUUUUCGUCCCCGAAACGGCGUUCAGGAGGGAAGAGAAAUUCGAUAUCGACACCAUGGGGAACUUGCUGGUUCUGGAUGGAGAAGAAAUGAAAAUGCUGGCGAACAAAGGUCCGAACACUACAUCGCUUGAACACGACGCAGCUGGAGACAUGGUUGAAAAGGGAGCAGAAAAUUCUCCAGACCAGCAAUCGACGGGCGGUCCGCCGCGCAAAGCUACUUUCCUGGAAAGUAUCAAGCCAUUCAAUGGACGGAAAACAGAUGAGCGGUAUCUGCACCUCCUUCUACGUCCUUUCUCACUGUUCCUUCACCCGGGUAUCCUAUGGGCUUGUCUCAUCCAAGGUACUCUAAUCGGCUUCACGGUUCUCAUCGGUGUUGUGCUUGCAGCGAUCAUGCUUGGCCCACCGCUUUGGUUUGGAGAGGUGGAAACAGGAUACAUGUAUACAGGUGCCUUCAUCGGUGCACUCCUCGGCUUUGCCCUCGCCGGCCUGAUUAGCGACUGGUCCGCCAACCUACUCACGCGCCUUAACAACGGCGUAUACGAGCCCGAGUUUCGCAUGGUACUCGUGAUCCCACAACUCAUACUAGGUUGCGCUGGUAUCUACGGCUUCGGUUGGACCAGCGCAGAUGCGGGCAAGUACGGGUGGUUCUGGCCUGAUUUCUUCUUCGCGCUCGUAGUGAUGGGUAUGGUUUGUGGUGCUGUUGCUAGCGCACUAUACAUUGUCGAUGCGCAUCGCGGCAUGUCCAUCGAGGGUUUUACGUGCCUCCUCGUUUUCAAGAAUAUAUUCUCCUUCGCCUUGACAUUCAAAGGCUUCGACUGGAUUGUUGAUGCCGGACGGCGGAGUGGGCGAGGUGGAGGUGGGGGGAUCAAAGACCUGUUUGUCGUCGUCGGGAGUGUGCAGGUCGCCAUUUGUGCGUUAACAAUUCCGAUGUAUAUCUUCGGCAAGAAGAACCGGAGUUUCUUUCACCGCUAUAAUAUUUUUUUUGCGAUAACAGAUUGGGUCGCGGAUAAGCUGACAUUUUGGUAAGAGGGUGUUAGAAGGCCAUUGUUGGAGAUAUUCGCUUUAGAUCUAUCCAUGUGAACUUCAAUCUUAACACACAGUGUAACCUCCAUCCACUUUAAUCUCUUGUCCAGUAAUGUAACUAGAGGCAUCCGAUGCCAAAAAUGCUAC